AUGCCUAUAGGUUCACGGGUCUACUGGUGCGACAAUGGAAACGAUAGAAUCGAGUCCGUCGACCUCUGGGGCAACGACAGAAUGGUUCAUAUGGCGACAUCGUCGAUCUCUCCUUUUGACCUAGCAGUCGUCGACGACAGUAUAUUAUGGACGGAUCGGACUCAUGAUGCCAUUGGUGUAACUUCAACCAACAGCAGCAGCGGUUACAGUUUCUACUACCACAACACUUUCCAAGCUCCACUCGGCAUACAUGUGUAUCGAGAUAGAUUCCAAGCUUUUAUUUCUUCCACAGUUCGUCUCGUGAAUGGUAAUGGAGCACACGAAGGAAGGGUAGAGGUAUUCCGCAACGGAUCUUGGGGAACCGUAUGUGACGACGCUUGGGACAUAAAUGACGCACGUGUGGUCUGCAGAAGUCUAGGCUACCGGGAUGCCCUCAGUGCCCUAUGCCAGGCCCGCUUCGGCCAGGGCAGUGGUCCUAUUUGGAUGGAUAACGUCAAUUGCUCGGGCAUUGAGGCACACAUUUUCGACUGCCCGCAUAACGGUUUCGGAAAUCACGACUGCAACCAUGGGGAAGAUGCCAGUGUUGUCUGCUUACCUGAUCAGGCAGACCUGACUUGUGACAGCGUGUCGAUGACGCUCAUUAUGGAAAGAACCCUUCUCGGGAUCGGCGACGACGCCCGCGAUGUCCAUUUCGAAGACGAGUCUUGUGUUGCAUACGACCACGACAGUCAGCAUGUUGCGAUCACCACCAUGUACGAUAGGUGUGGUACUACGCAAGAGCAUAACGACGACUACAUAAUAUUUACCAACAUGGUGACGUAUUACAAGCCCCGCCCUGAAAACGGAACCAAUGAGCUCAUCGCCAGAGAACACAAUCUUAAAAUUCCUGUUACUUGCUACCUGGAGCGGACACAGGUCUUGGAAGAGUCCUUCUUGCCUGAAGCAAAUCUUUAUGUUUUCGAAGAGGUAGGGUACGGUCAUUUCUCGCUAAACCUUGACCGGUAUACAAACCCAGGCUUCUACCAACCUGCCAACGAUUCCGGCGAAGUUACGCUCGGUACACCGCUAUACUUCGGCGUCCGCCUGACGUCCGUCACGAACCUAACGCUUCUCAUCGAGUCGUGCUGGGCAACGAGCUCGCCGGACCCACGAGACGACCACCGCUAUGAUAUCAUCGACAAUGGAUGUGCCGUGGACAGCACAACAGUCAUCUUCAAUUGGCCCUCUCCAACUUUCAAUGGAUUCAGUAUCGAUGCUUUCACCUUCAUUGGCGAUUACGACAAGGUUUACGUCCACUGCUCAAUCCUGAUCUGUGACAACAACGACUCGGGCUCCCGCUGCGCUCAGGGAUGCCUAGCACGAUCUCGUCGAAGCUUGCAGCCGACAGGCUCCCGAUCAAAACCUCAUACAAUCACGAACGGACCGCUCUCCGAUGCCUCACGCUCUCAAAGGGCUAUGUUGCUUGAUAGCGUUGAUGACGGACCCAAAUCUCAUGACCCUGUGAUGAUCGUGGCUGCCAGCGCCCUCUGUGUUCUUAUCGCUCUUACUGUCGUCAACGCGCUGAUGAAGAUGCGCAUGCGUCGUCCUCGCCCCGAGCAGAUUGGCUAUCGCAGAGUGGGUGUUACUGAGCAGGACUAAUAACGCAUGAAGAGAGAGAGGAAGAAAGAAAGAAGAAGAAGAUGAAAUCCCUUUGAUUGGAGUAAACUUACAAGUAUAAUUUUAAAGUGUCAUAGCUCCUCUUUGCACGGAAUCAUUUUGAAUAUUCGUUGUUUAGCUUGUGUUGAUAAAGAAACCUCUGAAAUGGGGAAACCUUUUGAUUCAAACAUCAAGAUAACUGCAAUGAGUUUUAAUUAAUACAGCCUCUUAAUGAAGGAUAUCUUAUUGGUGAUCUGAGAUGUAUGAUUGUUUCUUCUUCUUUUUGCCCGUAAUCCUUGUUUGUGUGAUAGCCAAACAUAAAUAUAAAAAAUACCUUUAGCUAGAAGUACGAAGCCUAAAAUCAAUGCAUAGACGCCUGUAUGAGUAUGUGUUCUAUGCUUUCCCAUAUAUUUCUAGACAGAUCUUAUCAAACUAAGUUUUAAAUUCUUUUUUCUUCUUUCAUUUAAUAUUCGUAAUGUUGUAGUCUAGUUUGACAAAUUUUAGACGGUGACAUGUGCUUGUUUUAUUAUUUUGUGCACAUAAAACUUUGAUUCUGUGUGAUAGCCAACCAGAAAUAUAGAUUCGUACCUUUAGCUGGCAGUAGAAAUUCUAAAAUGAAUGCAUAUACACUUGUAUGAGUAUGUGUUCUAUGCUAUUCCAUGUAUUUCUAGACAGAUCUCCUCAAACAUAGAUUUUUCUUCUUUUUUCUUCUUUCAUUUAAUAUUCGUUAUGUUUCACUUACGUAUUUAGUUGCGUUUUGUUCCAUCGUCCAUUUCAAUAAUGGCAGAAUUUCUUUAUGUUGCUCCCUAUCGAAAAAUAAUUAAUUUGCUCUUUUUGUUGGUAUUAGCAGUGCGUAGGACUAUAAAUGUCACAGUAUUGUUCUUUCUUGUUUUUGUUUUGCUUCUGUUAAGAAUAACUCGAUCGCAAAGACUUUUCGAGAAAUUAACUAAAUGUUGCCUUUCGAGAUCACGUUCAGAUUUAGUAAUAACGUCAUUGUGAUGUUCGCAUCCUCUCAGGUGACGCACAGGGCCAUUGAAAUCGCUCUAGGUUGGCUUCUCGAAAGUCUUUGCGCUCGUGUUGCAUGUAGAUCUUUCAGAUAGGCUAAAGAGUUUGAAGGUAAAAUGGUUCGCUUUUUGAUAUGUGUUUACUUCGGUGCAAUACGAUGGGUUCUAUUUUUCUCACCAUUAUCUGACGUCAAGUCUAUCUUUUUCCGUCAACUUUCAUUGGAAUCGAAAAGAAAAUAAAUAUGUUAAAAUACAUGUAAAGUAUUUUUAAAUUAUUCAAGAAGAAAGAUGUCUUCCAUUCUUCUAGUGAUUAAAUAUAUCUUAUAAUUAUGUCUCGUUGAGCUCGUUUCUUAAACAUGCUCUCACCAUAUUACUGGUGUGUACUGCAUUAUCAUUUUAGUCAACACCUUAGUUUUUAAUACUGUGCCUCCAGCACCAGAGGUGACAACUUUAGCAUCAUAUUUUUGGCUAUUGAUCUGUUCAUCACCUGUUGUCAUCUCCACACUAUGUGUUAAGGUUACCUAACUUGUAGACAUGGUUAAACAUUUUCACACAUGAGUUAAAAACCUACAAUGAUUUUUGGAUUGGCAAUCUCUUCAUACCGUACUAUUGUUCAACCCGAAUGAUUGACGUACAAUAACAGCUAUCGCUCAAUAAGUCAUCAUUUAUAUCUAAAACUAAAUGCAUGUAUUCGUUUUUUCACACAAUGAAUAAUGGAUACGGAAUGGAGAACUCCUUUCAUCAGGGGACUACUCCAUUUAAAGCAGAGAAGUAGAAAUCCAUUCUCUUUUUAGUCAUUUCAGCAGUCACUGCAUUAAGAGUUGAAUCCACUCCGAAUUAUAAAGGAAUCUCCUCCAAUGUAGUGGUUUGAAGUACUCCAUUGAGAGUGAAUUCAACUACUCUUGAGUGUGGAUUUUCACUUCUGUAUUUAGAGAGCAGGUUAGGUCAUGAUUGAUGUAGCCCCCUUUGAAGAACGAGACCUUCAUGUUGAGAGGUGGGAUUUUUCUCGUUUGAUUGGCUUUUUUCGUAUAUUACUUCACGUAUUAAGUGAAAUGUAUUCACUCCUUAUUGUACUUAUUACAUAAAUAUAUGUAUUAGUUACUUUAUAUUCCUUACCUAAUUAAGUUACUUUUAAUCACGUUUCUUCAAUUUUUCUUUCAAAAUAUGUACUAAGGCAUAGUUAUUGGUUCAUUAAAUAGUGUUCUACCUAAA